AAAGAGAACCUGGAAACACCUGAUGAUGAUGGCUGUACAUUGGUACGAAGUACUGAAGACACAGCCCAGCAGGAAAGUAGAGAGACAGUUUUGGAAACAUCUGUGCAAUUGAAUACCGAAAACAUGUAUGAUGAUAAUUCAGAACAAAAAGAAGAAAGAAGUAAACAACUGGACACACAGAUGAAUCCUCCAUUCCAUAUAUCAUUGACCACCCCAAGAGGUCAGGAAACUGAUUUAAUACCUGUGGGAGGAUCACAUACUCAUGUUAUGGAAGAACAUGAGAAGAAUGCCAGUAGGACCAGUGAGUCAUCAGUUAAUCAGCAGAAUGAUGUAGAAGUUGAACAUAAUAAGUUUGCAAGUAUAAAUAACUAUAUGGUGAACGAAGUAAAGCAAGACAAAGAACCUGUGUGGAUUGGGAUUCUAUUGGACAGUAACAAAGAUACAUCCAAUUUGCCAACUCAGAGUCAUGAGGAAUGUGCAGCACUACAAACAGAGAGUGUUAAUGUUGCAGCAAGCAAUGGCAACAGAAUGAUCCAGUCUUCUACAUUCUCUUAUGAUGAAGCAGAUUUACAUCAUGAAAGCUGCCUUCCUGUCUCUCAGGUAAGAGAUGAACUUGUUCCAUCACAUGGAAGUGAUACAUCAGCUAAAUCUGGACUAGAAUUGAAUAAUUUCUCAGGCAACAGCAGAGACAGUGUCUUUGCUAGUAAUAUGCAAGAUAAGGUAAUCAUUCAGGGGGCUAUUAAUGAAUGUGAUAAGCUCCCUAAUAAUACACAAAAUCCUAUGCAGUUUCAACAAGAGAGCACAAGUGCUGCAAAUGGAAGUGAUGUAUAUGAUUAUUUAACUGACAACACAAUAGCAAGUAGUGAAUCAGAGUCCACUCUUGUCUGUGCAGUACGCACCAACACUGAUUUGGAAUCUGAGUCAGAUAGAAAGAGUGCUACAGCUCCUGGUUCAAUCUUAUCAAAGGAAGAAAAGGUUUGCAGUGUAAAAGCAAGUGACACACAAGAACCACCCCAAUAUUACAGUAAAGCUGAGAAAUUGGAAGAUGUAAAGCAUGGUAAUGAUUUUUCUGAGAAAUCUAAUUUAACAAACCAAGAAGCAGAAAAUAUGCAAGAGCAAAUCUCAAUUAAACAAGAUCUCAAAGUUAGUGCAAAGGAGACAUUCAGUGAUCUUUUAGAAGUUACACAAAUUGGAAAAGAAAUGGUCAUCAAAUUUGAAUUUGCUGCAAACAACCAAAGUUCUUGUGAUGUGUGUUCAAAUAACAAAAUUGAAAAAGACACUGCAGGGAUCAUGGAAUUCAUGCAACAUACAGAUAUGCACAGUGAUUCGUGUAAUGGGAAGUAUCAAAAUACAAGAAAGGAGUUUGGUACUUGUCUCCAGAUCACACCUAGUAAACAGCUGGAAUUUGCAAAUAUAUCAAAUAAUGAGACUGCCAUGAUGCCUGCAGAAAUCCCUAAGCUGCAGGGUUCUUUAGAAAAAGAAAAAUACCAAGACUCUUGUGAAGUAGAUAACAUUCUGACACAAUUACCAGAGACAAAAUCAACAAAAGAGGAUAUUGUAAAUGAGCAAAAUAAAAAUAUAAUUCCAGCCACACAAACUGUAGAGCUAAGCACGAGUGCUCCGUCAUGUGUUUUAGUGGAUACAGUGGUAAAAGAAGCAAUAGAAGCAGCUUUGUUUGAAAUUAGUGGAGAUGAAGGAAGAAGUACAACAUUUGUAUCAGAAAAAGGGAGAGCCAUCCAAAAUUUGCCAAGUGAAGAUCAAUUUUCAAUGUCAAUUCAGAAGGCGUCCACAUCUUUUCAUUUAACAUCAAAACAUGAACAACCUUCCAAAAUUCACGAUACUCAUGAACAAAUUGCAAAAGAUGCUUCACAGCUUCGUGAAUAUGUAACUGAAACAAAUACAAUGUGUGUACAAAUGGGGAAGGAUGCAUGUGAUGCUUCUCAGAAAAAUACAGAAGAAAUAGCUUCAUCAAUAAGUCUGCAAACAAAGACAUCUGUACCAAUUUCAGAAGACAUAAAACCUCCAGAUGUACCUUUUAAUUAUAGCCAAUCUGUAGAAGUUGCAAACAAUUUGACUGCAGAUUUUCAAGUGGAGAAUCAAAGUGAAGCCAAAAUUGCAGCAGAAGUUGGGCAAGAUGUUAGUAAUUCAAUGAAGGUGCUUCCUGAUUUGCAGGAAGAAGCCGACGGAAGAAUUUCUUGCAAAAUCACUGAUACAAGUGAGAGAAUUAUUGAAAAUAUUUUUGAAUCUUUGGAUCUUAAAAUAACAGACAAUUAUGAAGUUAAACAGACACAUCCAGAGGUUGUAAAGGAGUUGUCUAGUAAUACUACUGAGCUCCCAGAAGAAAAUGUACAUUACAAAGAGAGGGAAAAGAAUAUAGACUUCACACAGAGAUGUCAUGUUUCAGAAUUGGACUUUAAACAAAAUUACAGUGCACCAGAUCUUAAAGAGUCCAUAGAGGUAGGAAAAACAGAACUUAAGGGAGAAGAGGCAUCGAGCAUAAAGAACAUUUUGCAACACUAUGGUGAAAAAAAUGAACCCAGAUCAAUGGGAGUUACGCAAUUACAUAAAUUUACUGAUAUGUCUAAAGCUACAAAUGAAGUUGUGCCUGUUACUGGGCAGAUUGUAGUAGAAGAAGCUGACCAUGAAACCAGUAUAAAGAAUGAGGCAGUUAAUAAGCAAAAAUGUGGAACAGUCAAUGAAGUUAUUAUGGACAGUGAAAGAGAAAGAGCAUCAGUAGGUGCCCAUUAUCUGGAAAAUAUGGAAAUGUGUCAUGACACUCAACUGAUGCAAGUAAAUGAGAGCAAAAAUCAAAAUGCAGUAAGGCCUAAAAACAUUGCAAAAUUUGGUUCAAGCUCAUACAUUUCUAGCGAUACAACAGAGAAGAAAAUUGGAGCUGAAACUCCACCACAGAAUUCUGAGCCGUGUAGCUAUCACAAAUAUGUAGGUCCAGUCAUAUUGAUUAGCAAACCAAUUGAAGGGGAUGAGGGAAAGGUGACAAUCAGUGAUAUCUACAGUAAUAUCCAUCCCUGUUCAGAAAGGUUAGAAUUUGAGGAAUGUAAUGAGAAAAUAUUUGAGAAUGAGCAGGCAGGUGAAGCUUAUGAUGGUAAUGUUAAGAGUGAGGAAUUACAGUUACAGAGUGAACCAUUUGCAGAUGAAGUUAAUUUGAAAAACACAGUAUGGAAAGCUUACUAUUUUGUUUUAUUCAUUGUGUUUCUAGUUACUGUUUAUCAUUAUGACUUUAUAGGAUGUUUUGCAUUAUAUCUGUUUUCAUUGUAUUGGUUGUAUUGUGAAGGAGAAACAAGCAAUGAUUCUGUCAAAAAGAAAUGAUGUAAGUAAUAGUAUCUUAAUGAAUGAUGCGAGGAAAGGCAAUGGUUGUAUAUAUGAAGAACUGAAAUUGGGUUUUGGAAUUGUUAACCAUUUGAGUACUGAAAGAACCAUUGCUUUUCAGAAUACAUACAUUGUUUGUUUCACACAUCUACAAAAUGAUUACCCACGUCUACCAAUAUUACAAGGUAGAAUUAAUCACAUUUUCAAAAUACAUAAUAUUUUAUAAUUUAUAACAUUCUUAGAAUAAACCAAAAUAGCCUUAUUUUAUUUUUAUGAUGCUAAACAAUACUAGUUAACAGUUAAUGUGACAACAAUGCCAUCAAAAUGCCUUACUAUAAGUUUUUAAAAAGUGCCUAGUUGAGAAAGCUUUACAGAAAAUUGACUUUAUGGCCUAUUUUGUUCGUAUAAAGUAAUGUGAUUGACAUUUACUUUUUAAAGAAACUUUGGCUUAAAAUAUUCUUUGUGAAGUUCAUAUGACCAUUUUAUCUCUUAUUUGAGUGCAGUUCAGAUAAUUUCAGACCAAAUUUUUUUGUGCUGUAAUAAAUUUGUAUAAUAAACUAGGGUAACAUCUACUAAAUACUUCAAGUCAUAUAACUUUAGCCUGUUUUAUAGUCAAUGAGUGGAAAUUUAGUUUGAUCUUCUGAAUGGUAAAGCAUUAAAGUUGUUACAAAUGAUAUAAAACACAUAUUUUAUUUCUCCUGCCAUUUUUAAACAUGGUGUUUGUUAGUUAGUUCAGAAUUGUCUUUUUGCCUGGUGCUACUCAAAUGGCUUUCAGUUGUAUGUGGAAAAAUGAAGUAGAAGUUGUCUUGGAAGAAAGGGAGAAGCAAAUCAGAAAUAAUAACUUUUUUUCAUAAUAUCUAUACGGCUAUAAAAGAUUAUGCUGAAGAACACCUUCAAAAAAGUAAUCUUUAAGUGUAAACAUUGGGACAAUAUGAUAUCACUUGCUAAGAUAUAUGUUUCUCAUUUAUUUAGACGCCUCACAGAAUUUGAAAUUUUCCUCAUCCUGGAGAAGUUAAUAAUCAAUUGUCUCUGGGUCUUUAAAAAUUUUGUGCUAUUAGUUGCUGUUUUUGUUAUUUUCUUCACUUUGUUGUGCACUUGUUCUUUGGAGGAACACCUUCAGUUUUUACUUCCCUAUUAGCAGAUUGCCUAUGCUGUAUUGCACCCUCCAGAGAAGGUUUGUUAUUUAGUACUUUUCUUCACUGCAUCUGAUGUAUAAUUUUGUUAAUAAAUAUAGUUUCUUGCUACA